UUAGGGCAUGCUGUGCGUAGCGACAGCCGUUCCAGCCGGCAGCCCGCCCCACCUGUGACCUGUGGCCUCUUCUGGGAACUGUCCUCAGGAGCUGACCGUGUCCAGUGUUUCCCAGGUUCCUCGCACCAAGAAUCCGAUGACCUCCGUGGGGAACCUGCACUCAGCCAUCAGAGCGCACCUGCCCCCAAGGAUGCUCAUAGUUCAGUCGUAGAUGCAGGUGGCCUGGAAAGCAUCAGCCGGUGUCCCCAGCAGCUUCCUCAGAUGAUGGCUGCAGCAGCUGAUGGUUUGGGGAGUAUAGCGAUAGACACAACCCAGCUCAACAUGUCCGUGACCGAUCCCACAGCCUGGGCCACCGCCAUGAAUAACUUGGGCAUGGUUCCCGUGGGGUUGCCUGGACAGCAGCUUGUGUCUGACUCAAUCUGUGUUCCAGGCUUUGAUCCAGGCCUCAACAUGAUGACUGGGAUCACCCCCAUUAACCCAAUGAUUCCAGGCCUGGGGCUGGUACCACCGCCACCACCAACAGAAGUGGCUGUCGUCAAAGAAAUAAUCCACUGCAAAAGUUGUACUCUUUUCCCUCAAAAUCCAAAUCUUCCACCUCCUUCCACAAGAGAACGACCUCCUGGGUGUAAGACCGUGUUUGUCGGGGGAUUACCAGAAAACGCUACUGAAGAAAUUAUUCAAGAAGUCUUUGAGCAGUGCGGUGAUAUUACAGCGAUUCGGAAAAGCAAGAAGAAUUUCUGUCACAUUCGCUUUGCAGAGGAAUUCAUGGUUGAUAAAGCCAUUUACCUUUCCGGUUACCGGAUGCGAUUAGGGUCUAGCACGGACAAGAAGGACUCGGGCCGCCUCCACGUGGACUUCGCCCAGGCCAGGGACGACUUCUACGAAUGGGAAUGCAAGCAGAGGAUGCGCGCGCGCGAGGAGCGGCACCGGCGCAAGCUGGAGGAGGACCGGCUGCGGCCGCCCUCGCCGCCCGCGAUCAUGCACUACUCGGAGCACGAGGCCGCCCUGCUGGCCGACAAGCUGAAAGAUGAUAGCAAGUUUUCAGAGGCUAUCACAGUGCUACUCUCCUGGAUUGAGCGAGGGGAAGUUAAUCGGCGUUCUGCCAACCAGUUCUAUUCCAUGGUGCAGUCAGCCAAUAGCCACGUCCGCCGGCUGAUGAACGAAAAAGCCACCCAUGAGCAGGAGAUGGAAGAAGCCAAGGAGAAUUUUAAAAAUGCCUUAACUGGAAUCCUCACCCAAUUUGAGCAGAUUGUGGCCGUUUUCAACGCUUCUACCAGACAAAAAGCUUGGGACCAUUUCUCGAAAGCUCAGCGCAAGAACAUAGACAUUUGGCGAAAGCAUUCUGAGGAGCUCCGGAACGCUCAAAGCGAGCAGCUUAUGGGUAUCCGCCGCGAAGAAGAAAUGGAAAUGUCAGAUGAUGAGAAUUGUGACAGCCCGACUAAAAAAAUGAGAGUCGAUGAAUCAGCCCUGGCUGCUCAGGCCUAUGCUCUGAAAGAGGAGAACGACAGUCUGCGCUGGCAGCUGGACGCCUACAGGAACGAAGUGGAGCUGCUGAAACAGGAGAAAGAGCAGCUUUUCCGAACGGAGGACAACGUCACCAAGGACCAGCAGCUUCAGUUCCUGCAACAGACCAUGCAGGGCAUGCAGCAGCAACUGCUGACCAUCCAGGAGGAGUUAAACAACAAGAAGUCGGAAUUGGAACAAGCAAAGGAAGAGCAGUCGCACACGCAAGCAUUACUUAAAGUCCUCCAGGAACAAUUAAAAGGUACCAAGGAAUUGGUCGAGACCAACGGCCACAGCCAUGAGGACACAAAUGAAAUCAACGUGUUGACAGUCGCAUUGGUCAACCAAGACCGAGAGAACAAUAUGGAAAAAAGAAGCCAAGGCUUAAAAUCAGAGAAAGAAGCUUUGCUAAUCGGCAUCAUAUCAACGUUUCUUCAUGUCCAUCCUUUUGGAGCCAACAUAGAGUAUCUUUGGUCAUACAUGCAGCAGCUUGACUCCAAGAUAUCCGCCAACGAAAUCGAAAUGCUUCUGAUGAGGCUGCCACGCAUGUUCAAACAGGAAUUCACAGGUGUGGGAGCGACUUUGGAAAAAAGGUGGAAGCUGUGUGCCUUUGAAGGAAUUAAGACGACCUAACCAUGAGGAAUUAAACAAGUCUCUGGAAGUGAAACCGCCUGAACUCGGCCAGGGCUGUGCGCUGUGAGCACUGGAGGUUGGGGUCGUCCGGCGUGGGGCCCCUGCGGAGCCAUCAGAGCCAGACCUCAGUGACAUCCGUGGCGUCCUCUUGUGAGUGGAAAUGUAAUUGUGUACCAGUUCCCUAAAACCAAGCUCCAUACUGUGACAGAUCUGUUCCCUAUGAAAACCAACGAUUCCACAGUCAUCACGAUGGCAAAAUCUUAAAAUAUGCUACAUUUGAGAAUAGCUCACCGAGCAGAAUAUUUAAAGUGAAUGAUGGUGUAGCAAUGGUUGUUGCUAGGCUACUACAGAGUUGUAUAUGUAAUGUAUAGCGGAAAUCAUUCAAUGACAUUUUCCGGAAAGUCUUUCUGUUUUAGUAAAAAACAAAACAAAACAACAACAACAACAACAAAAAUAAAAAUAAAAAAGUAAUUUUACAGUGAGAAAAAAUCAUACCAAAAGAAAACUUGAAUAUGUGUCUGAACAUUUAUUGUAUUUUGUAAAUUAAGUUAUAUGCUAUUCCAGGAACUUUUGCCUUAUUGAAGAGGCAGAAAAUGUGAUUGGACUCCUUGGACUCCUUGAGAAUGCUUUAUCAAGAAUAUUAUUUUUCUAAUGUAACAAUUCUCCGUCAUCACUUCUUUUAACAUGGACUGCAUAACAGUUUUCAUAAAAUGUAAAUAAAGGAAAAGCUAGUGCUCCUGUCUUGUACUUGGUAUGUAAUAUUCAGGUUUAUGCAUCAAAAUAAACAUUCAGUAAAUAUUCCUGUUACAAAUUUUAUAGCAAAGAUAUUAAUUUUUUUCAAUAAAUAUGACUUCUGCCAUA